AGGUAUUAUAAUAUAUAUAUAUAUAUAUAUACACACAGCUAUCAUUGGCUACACAAAUUUUUGGAACCCAAAAGACCCCUUUGAUCUCUUCUUAUUCUUCUCUCUUUAUGACAAACCACCACUUCCGAUCACAAACCAAAGCAUCCAUUUAAAAUCGGCGCCUAUGAAGAACGCCAUUCGAUGCUGCAUCUCCUGCAUAUUCCCAUGUGGGUCUCUCGACGUUAUCAGAAUCGUCCAUUGCAACGGCCACGUGGAGGAGAUCGCCGGCUCAAUCCGAGCCAGUGAUAUCAUGAAGGCCAAUCCUAAACACGUCCUCAAAAAACCCUCCUCCCCCUCCGACCACGGUGUGGUCCCCAAGAUCGUGAUCCUCCCGCCCGACGCCGAGCUCCAACGUGGAAAAAUUUACUUUCUCAUGCCUCUUCCUCCAUCCCCAGAAAAAACCCGGUCGAAGAAGAAGAAGAGGGAAGCACCGGGAACCGAUGUCGGUUCGGGUAUAUCGGUGACGAAUUUGGUGGUUUCGGAUCGGUACCUGAGUGAUAUACUGUCGGAGAAAUUGUCGACCGGUCAGAAGGAUAAGCGGCGGGGGCGUGUCGGAGUGUGGAGGCCUCAUUUAGAGAGCAUCUCCGAGUUCCCACCUGAUCUUUAAACUGGAAAUUCAGCUUCUUCAUUCGCCAAGGUUUUUUUUUUCUUCCCGAAAUUGUUUAAUUUUCUUAAAUUUCUUACAAAAAUCAAAAUCUCUCCGUUUGAUCAUGAUGAAUAUAUAUAUAUAUAUAUGUGUGUGUGUAUAAAUGAAGAUCACGCAAUGGAGGAUGUAAAUUUGGAGGGGUUGAGACGAGAGGGAGAGAGAGUUGGAAUUUACAGUGAUUCAGAUCGUUAGUAAUUGGAAAGCAAAUAUGUGUUUGUGUUUGUAUCACAAUUUCAGUAUAAUUCUUUUU